CCAGAGUCACCUUUGAGCUUCAGCACGGUGAUGUGGGCUGUGGGGACCCGGGGGGUGCUCCUGGCGCUGUUUCUGCUCCCAGGGCUCUGUGAGGGGUUCAACAUCGACGUGGGGCAUUCGCGGAUCUUCCAGGGACCCCCCGAGUCCCAAUUUGGGUACCGGGUGCUGCAGUGGGGUGGCAAUGGGGACAAGUGGCUGCUGGUGGGGGCCCCGUGGGAUGAGAAUGGUCAAGGUGACAUCUACAAGUGCAGCGUGAGACUCCAAAACUCCUCCUGUGCCAAGGCCAACCUCGGGGCUGCAGCUCCGUGGCUCCGCAGCAGCGCCGGACACCUUGGGAUGACACUAGUGGACUCCAAGGAUGGUGGGUUUGUGGCAUGCGCCCCGCUUUGGUCCCAGGAAUGUGGCACCUCUGUGUUCAGCUCUGGCCGCUGUGUCCAUCUCAAUGAGGAACUCCAGCUCAUGGGGACCAUUGCACCCACAGCACAGCGCUGUUCUACCUACAUGGACAUCAUCCUGGUUCUGGACGGCUCCAACAGCAUCUACCCCUGGGAGGAGGUGCAGGCAUUCCUCGGGAACAUCCUGGGACGCUUCUUCAUUGGUCCUGGGCAGACUCAGGUGGGGGUGCUGCAGUACGGGGAGCGGCUGGUGCAGGAAUGGGCGCUGGGGCAGCACCCUACGGCGCAGAGCCUGCUUGAGGCCGCCCGGAACCUGACGCGUCAGGAGGGGAGGGAGACGCGGACGGCCAUGGCCAUCCGGCAGGCAUGCACAGAGUCCUUCAGCCCGGCGCAAGGUGGGCGCCCAGGGGCCACACGGCUGCUGCUGGUGGUGACAGACGGGGAGUCCCACGACGGGGACGAGCUGCCAGCAGCGCUGGAGGAGUGCGACCGGCACAAUGUCACCCGCUAUGCCAUCGCUGUCCUGGGGCACUACCUGCGUCGGCAGCAGGAUCCCGAGGAUUUCAUCCGGGAAAUCAAGUUCAUUGCCAGUGAUCCUGAUGAGAAGUAUUUCUUCAAUGUCACAGAUGAGGCUGCCCUCAAUGAUAUCGUGGAUGCUCUGGGAGAUCGGAUCUUCAGCCUGGAAGGCACCCAUGGGGACAACGAGAGUGCCUUCGAGCUGGAGAUGUCCCAGAUCGGCUUUUCUAUCCACCACCUUGAGGAUGGGAUCCUCUUUGGAAUGGUUGGAGCCUAUGACUGGGAGGGGGGUGUGCUGGAGGAGAGCCAGCGUGGGCGCAUUGUUCCACCCUGGGAAGCGUUUCAGGAGGAAUUCCCGCUGGAGCUGAAGAAUCACGCAGCGUAUCUGGGGUACUCUGUGUCCUCGCUGCAGCUCCCGGGGGGGCAGCGCUUGUUAGUGGCUGGUGCCCCCCGAUUCCAGCACAAGGGCAAAGUUCUCCUCUUCCAGCUGGACCCCAUGGGGACCGUGACGGUGGCCCAGGCAUUAAUGGGGGAGCAGAUUGGCUCCUACUUCGGCAGUGAGGUCUUGGCCCUGGACCUGGAGGGAGAUGGGGACAGUGACCUGCUGCUGGUGGGCGCGCCCACCUACCUGGGGGGCCAGAGCAGGGAGACUGGGAGGGUCUAUGUGUACCGUGUGGGGCAGGACCGCCUGAGCCCCGCAGGGUCGCUGCACCCUGAGCCGAGGCAGCAGGAUUCCAGAUUCGGUUCCGCCCUGGGCGUGGUGCCGAACCUGAGCCAGGACGGGCUGGCCGGAGCCGUGGUGGGAGCUCCGCUGGAGGACGAGCACCGCGGCGCUCUCUACGUGUUCCACGUCUCCCCGGCCACCCUCCUGCCCCAGUACAAGCAGCGCAUCGAGGCGGCGGCGCUGGGGUGGAGCCUCCGGUAUUUCGGGAUCAGCGUGGAUGGACGGGUGGACAUGGACGGGGACGGGCUGGUGGACGUGGCCGUGGGGGCACAUGGUGCGGCUGUAGUGCUCCGGUCCCGCUGGAUUAUCCAGGUGUUCGCAUGGAUGUCUGUGGAGCCAGCAGCUGUCAGUGUCACACAACGGAACUGCCAGCGCAGUGGCUCCAGCGCCGUCUGCCUCCGGGCCCGGAUCUGCUUCCAUGCCGAGACACGCACACAGAACCCUGUGGACAUGGAUAUUGAUCUCCGGUACAAUGUAUCCCUGGAGGACCAGGUCCCGGGAUCCCGUGCUGCCUUUGACUCAGGUGCCCGCCGACUGCUCCAGCGCCGAAUUGAGUUCCCAUUGGGAAGGCAGAGCUGCAUCCGCAUCCCCUUCCACGUCCUGGACACCUCAGAUUACCUGAGGCCCCUCAGCCUCAGCCUCACCUGGGCCCUGGACGUAGCUGCAACGUCGGUGCUGGAUGAGGCAUCUCCCACCACCAUCCGCAAACUGAUCCCAUUUUUCAAGGAUUGUGGGGAUGACGACGAGUGUGUCACCGACCUGGUGCUGAAGGCCACCACAGACAUUGUGGGCUCCAGGCAGAGUCCCCACAUCCUGCGGAAGGGCCGGAGGCGGAUGCUGGUGGAGGUGGAGCUGGAGAACCGUGAGGAGAAUGCCUACAAUGUCAGCCUGUGGUUGCACCUGCCUGGAAACCUCCACUUCUCCAGCCUCGUGCUCCAGGAUCCCAGCACGGUGAAGUUGGAGUGCUCAGCACUGGGGAGGCACCACCGGCGCUGCAGUGUUGGGUACCCUGUCUUCCACUCGCAGGCCAAGGUGUCCUUCACCCUGGAGCUGGAGUUCAGCUGCUCCGUCCUUCUGGACCGUGCCGAAGUCACUCUCCAGGCCAGCAGUGACAGCACUGAAGUGACACCACAGGACAACGUGGUCAAGCUUUCUGUCCCCAUCCGCUAUGAGCCCAACCUGUUCCUGUCCAGUAGUACCAACCUGCAUCGCUAUGAAGUUCAUCCCCUUGGCACCUUCAGCCACAGCUCUGGCCCUGAGUUUACCACCACAGUCAAGGUGCAGAAUUUGGGGUGCUACCCCAUCCAGAAUGUCACCUUGCACAUGGCCCUGCCAGCACUGGGCCACCAUCAGGCCACCAUCUUGUCUGUCACCCAUGUCCUCACUGAAAAUGCCACCUGCAUGCUGCAACUCCCUGAUGAGAGGACACAGGUGGUCCCAGUGCCCCCUGAGGAUCUGCUGCACAUGGACAGGCUGGACUGUUCCAACACCUGGUGCCAGGAGCUGAGCUGCCACUUGGAGAGGCUGGAGCGUGGUGGGGGGGUCUCCAUCCAGCUCCUGCGGACCCUCCAUGACAGCUUCUUCAGUGGAGUGAAAUUCCGGAGUGUGAGGAUAGUCAGCAGUGUCUGGCUGGGGGUCACAGGGGGCAUGUUGGUGCUGGAGGAGGGGGUGCAGCGCAGGGAGCUGGUGCUGGAAGUGCUCCAGGGAAGGCAGGUGCCCGUGUCUCUGUGGAUCCUGGGAGGCAGUGCCCUGGGGGGACUCCUGCUCCUGGCACUACUCAGCCUUGGCCUCUGGAGGCUGGGAUUCUUCUCCCACCGGAAGCCCUCCCGAGAGGAGGAGGAUGAGGAGCACUGAGAUGGCAGCUCUGUCGGGAGGAUGUCCCAGAACCUCCCUCCUGGGGACACAUUCCAGAGCCAUCCCAGGGCUGGGACUCCUGGGCUGGUGGAGGGAUGAGCAAGCAUGCGUGAGGGUGGAGCUGGAGGAUCUGGGGGAACAUCUAGAAGCGGGAAAAGUAGGA